AUGUCCACCUCAGCUUCGACCUCCACCAGCUCUUCCGACCUCUUUGACGAGCUAGACGCGCAGCUCAACUCGUCGUCGACGCCGCUGGCGCAACGUUUUCGCGCGCUCUUCACGCUCAAGUCCCUCGGCGGUCAUCGCGCCAUCGACGUGAUCGGCAAAGGUGAGCUCAAUCUUCUCUCGUCAUAGCCUCUAUUCCGUACGGGGAGCUAAAUAGCUUCUCAGGAACGCCCCCACGCCAGGUUUCGAUGGUCAAUCGGCUUUGCUCGGUCAUGAAUUGGCGUAUUGUCUCGGGCAAAUCAACGAUCCUUACGCUUUGCCGAUCUUGCAAAACGUGUUGGAGGAUGAGCACCAACACCCCAUGGUUCGACACGAGGUACGUCACCAUUCAAUCGCUUUCCUUUUUCGAACUGAGCUUCCAAGCGCAGAACGAAUCCUCCUCCUCCACCGAACUGACCCCUCCUUCCCCCGAAUAGGCCGCCGAAGCAAUGGGAGCCAUCUCGGACCUUUCCUCCCUCCCCGUGUUGAAGAAAUACCUCAGCCACCCAAUCGCCGCCAUUCGAGAAACAGCCGAGAUCGCUCUCGCCAAGAUCGAAUGGGAUAAUUCCGAGGAGGGCAAGAGGGAGAAGAGGCCAAAGUCAGUCCGCUCACGAGGGCAAACCUGCUCGGGGAGCUUUCCUUUCGAAAACUAAACCUAUAUGUUGAUGUGUCGUUGACAGCGAAUUUCAUACCAUCGACCCCGCCCCUGCUUCCCACCACUCCCCUCUCGCCUCUGGAUCCAAAACCUCGACCACUACAACGCCCAUCCCCGAACUUCAAGCGACCCUAAACGACACAACCAAAACCUUGUUCGAACGCUAUCGAGCCAUGUUCGCUUUGCGGAAUGAUGGAAGUAAAGAGGCUGUAUUGGCGUUAGCGACCGGGUUCGACGAUGAGAGUGCUCUUUUCCGGUACGUCGUGCUUUCUUUCCCUUUUCCCACUCUUCAUGAACUGACCAUCUUCUCUCCCCACCUAAAACCCAGCCAUGAAAUCGCCUACGUAUUCGGUCAAUUGUCCUCCCCUCACUCCGUACCUUCCCUCAUCAAGGUUCUCAGCCACACGAAUGAAGAAGAUAUGGUCCGCCACGAAGCGGCCGAAGCGUUGGGCGGUAUCGCGACGGAAGAAUGUUUACCGAUCCUCGAACAGUUCGCAAAGGAUGAGAACGUACCGAGGGUCGUUAGGGAGAGUUGUGAGGUGGCUUUGGAUAUGGUCAGUCUUUCUUUUUUCGCGGGGGACUACUUGGAGCGAGUUUCGAGUUCGUUCGAGUGUUGAUCUGGGUCAUCUUUGUUUUCGGAUAGUACGAAUACGAGAAUUCGAACGAGUUCGUUCCCUUGCCGACUUUGGUACAAGCUUCAUAA